AAACAAAUAAUAGCUGCCUAAAGAAAAGGAAAAGUAUGAUAUGGGGCAGUUCCCUGCCAGUGCUGAUCUUUGGGUUGGGUCAAAAAGACUAAAAGGAUCAGGACAUCCUGGUUUUAAGGCUGACGUUGAUCUCUAGCAGUUAUACCUGCUUUGGGUAUAAAUACACCACCACCUGCAACUUGCAGCAUUAUCUCAGAGGAGCUGAUCUGAAACUACCUGGAAGAGCAAGACAUCCACAGACAUAAUGCAGGCUGGCCUGUCCCUAGUUUGCCUUGUCCUCCUGUGCUCAGCGCUGGGAGAAGCUGUCCUUAAAAAACCAAAGAAGCAGGCAGGAACAACUGAUACCAAAACUGAUCAAGAGCCUGCACCAAUAAAAACUAAAGGCCUGAAGACCCUGGACAGAGGCUGGGGAGAAAGUAUUGAGUGGGUACAGACCUAUGAAGAGGGCCUGGCCAAAGCUAGAGAAAACAACAAACCUCUGAUGGUGAUUCACCACCUGGAAGAUUGUCCUUACAGCAUAGCUCUUAAAAAGGCUUUUGUCGCUGAUCGAAUGGCACAGAAACUGGCUCAGGAGGAUUUUAUAAUGCUGAAUUUAGUGCAUCCAGUAGCUGAUGAAAACCAGUCUCCAGAUGGACAUUAUGUGCCAAGGGUCAUCUUUAUUGAUCCAUCCCUGACUGUCCGAUCAGACCUUAAAGGGAGAUACGGAAACAAAAUGUAUGCCUAUGACGCUGACGAUAUUCCUGAGUUGAUUACAAACAUGAAGAAAGCCAAAAGUUUCCUAAAAACUGAGCUUUAAACUGCUGCACAUUGCGCCCCCUCUGAUGCUGGAGUGAUCACCACACUGCACUGACCAGUCUCUAAUGCCAGAGAAGCAACUCCCAAAAGUCAGACAUCAGAACCCCUUGAAAUAUGAACAUACUGAAUGGAAAUGGAAACAUCUGGUGACUGCACUAUCUACUCCUAUUAGCUUUUUCAGUGAACUGGUUCUAAUGUCACCAAUGCCCCACUAUAUAUUCUGCCACUGUAGUCUCAAGCUUGGCUUCAAUGUUGCCCUAUGUGAAAGAAUAACAAAAAAAAUCUGUUCUCAGAGGCUCACAUAUUCUAAUUGGGGGCUUAAUGUGAACUGACUGCAGUGUAGAAAUCACAUUUUUUGGUUUAUUUUUCAAACUACAUUAUAGCACACUUCUCCAUCUCUAAGAUCUGGUAGUGGUCAACCCUUUCUUUUUGAAUCACCUUGCAUGCAUAUAGUAGUACUGAAACAAACUUUUGAUUUUUCCUUGGAUUCAGCCAGUAAUUCUAUUUCCAUUAUUUUUCUUCUUGGACUAGACUGGUGCUGUUCAACCUUGUACAUCAUUUCUCAUUCCACAUGUUCAGGAUUAUAUUAAAAUCCUCCAGUUGGACAGCCCUGAAAUAGUCAGGAAUACUAAAUUUGUUCUUUUGUCUCAGCUUAUUUAAUCAACAGCUCUACCUUCUACUUUCUAUAUCUUUAAAUAUAUUGCUGCACUGCCUUUCUUUGACAUGCCAUUUUCUCUUAUAUAACCAUUGGACUUACAAUGUUCAUUCUGUAGUGUGACUGCCCUGAUAAUACUCUAUGUCUGCAUAGUGUCCCAUCUUCUAUUUAAUCAAACAGUACUCUGCAGUCUUUUCAUAUGUGGUCCCAGUUAUUUCCCAAUGAAAUACCAGAUAGAAAACAUUUCAUCAGUUAUUCAUAAUUCUAUUAUAGUUAUUCUAGUACAUUUCCAGCACAGUGACUUCUCAUAUGCCAAUGCAGUCUUGUUUGCAUAAGUUUCAAGAUGGCAUAAGUGAUGCAGCUCGGUUUCAAACCGCUAAGAGUUCCAUGCUACAUUUCUAUAAAAGGACAUUGGUCUGAAACCUGAUCUUAUUGGCAGCCACUGUCUUCAUAUGCAAUAUCCUUUAAUUCUGCUGUGUAAUGUUAUACAUUUUAUAUUAAAUAUUUACUGUGUAUUUUUAAGUAGAAUUCAUAAAAAUAUUUUAUUCAAACAAAUGUGUGAUUUUUUUUAACCAUUGCAUCAUAAUAAACAAGCUAAGAAACCCAGUU